AUGCUAGUAGCCGCUGCUGCAACAGUUGGCCCAUAUCGAUCGGGUAAAUGGAUUCAAUUGGCCGUACAUAUUGUUUGUAUUGCGUUCCGCAUCGGAGUUCAUACAGCACGUGUUGGCGAGCGUCUGACAAACAUCGACGAAAGUUGGUGCCGUACCGUUCACGGAAAUAUUGACCCUGAAUUGCUCUCCAAGUUUCAUGAAGUUGAGAUACUGAAAAAGCUAUUUGCUUCCGCGGUAUUCGAAUCAGCGGGGCUGAAGUCCAGCUCGAUUCCGAUCUUUGCCCCGUAUCAUGCCGCUCAUCUCCACCAAGAGGCUGAUAUAAAUUGGAUCAUUGGCAUCGAUGAUCUGCCAACGUCUCGAGUGCUUGGUGAAUACAUCACAAAAUCUCCUUUACUCUCAACCAGAAAUGGAAAGCCCUUCGUGGCCACAAACAUGGCUGAUCUUCUCGGCCAAGUCAUCCAUGAAAUCCUGGAGGAGGUGCUUCGAUGGGACUUACUUGUCGACGAGAUCGUUUCUCUCAUUCCGGCCCAGUCUAAAGUUAGCAUCAAUGCAAUUGACGCUCCAGGCCUGGCAAAGAGUCUUGUCUUUGCACUGACAGCGAACGGGACGUGUGACGUAUCAUUAGGCACUACUUUUCACGAACCAAACAAUGGUGUCCCUUUGAGCCAAGAACAGCCAACAGCUCACUGCUCAAAAAUUGCCGUCGUGGGCAUGUCUGGCAGGUUUCCAGAAGCGAAAAAUGUCGACGAACUUUGGAAGGUUCUACUGCAAGGACUUGAUGCCCACAAAGUGAUCCCCAAAGACCGUUUCGAUAUUGACACACAUUUCGAUCCCAGCGGCAAGAAGAAGAACACCACCGUUACCCCCUACGGUUGCUUCAUCGAAGAGCCUGGACUCUUCGAUCCGAAUUUCUUCCAGAUGUCACCAAGAGAAGCUACCAUCACAGAUCCAAUGCAACGACUGGCGCUGGUGACUGCGUACGAAGCUUUAGAGAUGUCCGGUCAUGUACCCGACCGAACACCAUCUUCGAUGUUGGAUCGAGCGGGUACUUUCUAUGGCCAGACCAUUGAUGACUAUCGCGAGGUGAAUGCAGCACAGAAUAUCGAUCCAUUCUAUGUCACGGGUGGCCUUCGCCCGUUUGGACCGUUUACGGGGCCCAGCUAUUCGGUUGAUACGGCCUGCUCCUCUGGUCUCGCAUCGAUCCAUAUUGCUUGCAACUCUUUGCGUAGUGGAGAAUGUGACAUGGCCAUUGCAGGUGGAACGAACAUUAUCAGUGGGUCGGACAUGUACGCUGGUCUAAGUCGCGGACAAUUUUUGUCCAAGUCUGGCUCAUGUAAGACCUUUGACGACGCGGCUGAUGGCUAUUGCCGCGCGGAUGCCGUGGGAACUGUCGUUUUGAAGCGCCUAGAGGAUGCAGAGGCAGAUAAUGAUCCCAUUCUUGGGGUAAUCUUAGCUUCGGCUACGAAUCAUUCAUCUCACGCCGUAUCCAUCACACAGCCCCACGGUCCGACGCAAGAACUCUUGUACCGCAAGGUUCUCAGCCAGGCCCGAGUUCAUCCAUCAGAUGUCGACUACAUUGAGAUGCAUGGCACCGGUACCCAGAUCGGUGACAGCACCGAAAUGAGCUCUGUCAGCACCGUCUUCGCUGGUCGCGCCCAAGAAGAGCCUCUCUAUGUGGGCUCGGUCAAGGCAAAUAUUGGACAUAGUGAGGCUGCCGCAGGCGUGACAGCGGUUAUCAAGGGGCUUCUUAUGUUUCAACAAAGUGUCAUUCCAAGACAUGUAGGCCUGAAAGGGCAGUUGAAUCGAAAGUUUCCCUCACUGAUAGACAGAAAUAUUCACAUUCCCUAUCAAAGCGUACCAUUUCACGAGAAGAAGAACAGGAGACGACGAAUACUCGUGAACAACUUCGGCGCAGCAGGAGGCAAUACAGCACUGCUCAUGGAAGAACCAUCAGCAAAACAGCAGGCUAAACCCUCCCAAGACCGAUCAUCCUAUGUUGUCGCCGUCUCAGGCAAAAGCCUUACUUCAUUGAGGAGGAACAAGAAUCGAUUAUCUGCAUUCUUGUAUCAGAACGAACAAGUGUCGCUAGCAGACCUGUCCUAUACAACGACUAGUCGCCGCAUGCACUAUCGUCACCGUUUCAUAGCUGUAAUUUCUUCUAUCCAAGAAAUUCAGCCUGCAUUAUUGGAGUCGAAUGAAAUUUCUACGCCGGUUGCUCCAUCUCUUAUUUUUGCAUUCACAGGCCAGGGGAGUAUAUAUUGUGGCGCAGCCAAGGAACUUUUUCACACCUCUCGCCAAUUUCACUCUGAUAUUGUGGAGUUCGACAAUCUAGCUCGGAGCCACGGGCUAUCUUCCUUUCUUGCACUGUUGGAUCCGACAGUCGAACUGGCUUCAUUGUCGGCCGUUCAAACCCAGAUCGGGCAAGUGUGCAUUCAAAUGGCCCUCUAUCGGUUAUAUAGAUCCUGGGGUAUUGCGCCACGGGCCGUAAUAGGACAUAGUUUGGGCGAAUAUGCUGCUCUAUAUGCCAGCGGAGUUUUCACAGCCAGUGACACGAUAUUGGUUGUCGGCCGCCGCGCAGAGCUCAUGGAGCAGCAUUGUACUCCAGGUACUCAUGUCAUGCUAGCUGUGCGAGCUUCAUUUAGGACUGUGCAGGAUUUAAUCCAUGACACAUUGGCAGAAGUGGCCUGCAUCAACGGGCCGAGUGAUGUUGUGGUCGGGGGUCCUGUGGAUGAAAUUGAGCGCUUGGCGAGUGAACUCUCGAAAGUUGGUGUCAAAUCAAUUUCGUUGCCCGUGCCAUUUGCUUGCCAUUCGGCACAGUUGGACCCUAUUCUCGACCCUUUUGAGGCUGCUGCUCAAGGGUUGGUGUACUCUGAGCCUAAUAUUACGCUUCUGUCGCCACUGAUAGGCAGAGAUAUCGACAAAGCGAGUCUCAUUGAUGCGCACUACCUGUCCCGCCAUCUUAGGGAACGGGUGAAUUUUGUCGCAGCUUUGAAAAAUUCAUCCCUGCUCUCAAGAGAGCUGAACAUGCAAUUCGUGGAGUUGGGCCCUCAUCCGCUUUGCGCAGACAUGGUCCGGAAUACACUAGGCCUGACGGUGGUAAAUUCCCUACGCAGAGGAGAUGAUUCAUGGAAGACGAUUGCAAACUCUCUCGCUGCCCUCUACAUGCGAGGGGUUGAUAUCGAAUGGGGUCAAUAUAACAGGGAUUUUCAUUCUUCGUCGUCACCCAUUUGUUUGUCCACACUUCCUUCAUACGCCUUUGAUGAGAAGAACUACUGGAUCGAGUAUCAAAAUGAUUGGGCUCUCACCAAGGGGGAUAAGUUCACUCAGUCAGCAGAAUUACCAACAGGGCCGGGUACAAUCUCGGUACAGCAUCUUCUCCGGGAGAAUCUCGAUGAAAGCUCUGCCAUGGCAGAGUUCGAGUCUGAUCUUAUGCACCCCGCCCUGCAUGAUGUGAUUGUAGGCCAUGUCAUCAACAAUGUGGGAUUGUGUCCUUCGGGUGUAUUCGCAGACAUGGCUUUCACGGCAGCCAAGUAUCUUUACGACAAGACCACCAUCGAGUUUGAUCACCUUUCCAUGGACAUCGUGGACAUGGAGAUCUUAUCCCCCGUCAUUCUAGAAUUAUCUGGGGAGAGGUCUCCACGACUCAUGAGGAUUUCUGCUACAAUUACACAAGACAAGGUGUGCAUUGAGUUCUCUGACAGUAUGACUGCAGACGCUCCAUCCACCUUGUAUGCCAAAUGCACCGUGAUCCGGCAUGACACCACCAAAGUCAAUCGAAAAUGGAAGCGAAGUAAACACUUCGUGUCUUCACGGAUUGCCUAUCUUCAAUCUACAAAGGAUGUACAUCGCUUACAUUGCCGUAUGGCAUACAAGAUAUUCGGGGCCGUUGUUGACUAUUCGGAGCGGUUUCAUGGAAUGGAAGAGAUUCUUAUGAACAGCGAGCAUUACGAAGCCGUCGCUAAAGUGUCGUUCAAGGCGGACACAUCUGUUGGAAACUUUUUCCGGAAUCCAUACUGGAUUGAUAAUGUUACCCAGCUUUCCGGCUUUGUGAUGAAUGCGAAUGAGACAGUGGAUUCAUCAAAGGCAGUGUACAUCUCGAGCGGGUGGGAGUCGAUGCACUUUGCGGCUCAAUUGUCAUCCCAGCAGGUCUAUACGGUCUAUGUGAAAAUGGAGCCAAAUGAGGGCUCGGCUGUUAGUGGCGAUAUGUACAUUUUGGAUAAUCAGCACGAAAUGAUCGGCGUUGUCAAAGGGGUCCGGUUUCAAGCAGUUCCUCGUCCUUUGCUGAAACUUCUCCUAGCACCGCCCAAGGGUGCAAUAUCUUCUGCUACCAGCCCUCAUCAGCCAUGGAAGGACGAGACAUUGGACUACAGCCCAUCAACCUCCAGUACAAACGGGACGACUACUUCAACGACGCGGAGCAAGAAUUCUACAGUGAACUCGCCCGUGGCAGCAGGCCUUACAAAAGUACCUCCACCGUCGGAGAUCGUUCUCCGCGUCUUGUGUGAGGAGAUGGAUGUGCAUAUAGAAGACUUGGAUGACAAUAUCACUUUCUCUGAAAUGGGUGUGGACUCUUUGAUGUCGUUGGCGGUCAUCGGCCAUCUAAGGGAGUCAUUCUCCCUUGAUAUCCCAUCCACGUUCUUCCAACAUAAUCACACCAUCAAGCAUCUCGUCAAAUCUUUGGAUGAGCUCAACAAGGAAAUCAUCUUUGAAGGUAACCAGAAGUCGCUUGCUACACCAGAAAAGGUCCUUGACAGACCAUCGCACAAUGGCACCAUUCACCCUCCAAGUGCGACAUCCACGGCCCAGCAUCACGCUACGUCUAUUAUUCUCCAGGGCAACCUUAAAACAGCCACUAAUAAACUCUUUCUUUUCCCCGGAGGUUUUGGGACCUCUGCCACGUUUACCAAUAUGCCAUCUAUUCAUCCCGAGCUGGCCAUCUUCGGGUUAAACAGCCCCUUUGUGAACGCCCCCGAAAAUUUCACCGUCAGUAUUGCCGAGAUGGCAGCUCUGUAUGUCACCGAGAUUCAACGCCGACAGCCUCAGGGUCCAUAUUCUUUCCUCGGGUACUCGGUCGGAGGUAUCAUCGCAUAUGAAGCAUCUCGGCAGUUACUUGUGGCAGGCGAGACCGUGGAGAGACUCUACCUCGUCGACUCGCCAUGUCCGCUCGUCAUCCCACCCAUGCCCCCGAACCUGAUCAAAUUCCUCGACUCGAUUGAUCGGUUCAGUGGGAAAGCUAAAUCCUCUGAGCAUGCGCCCGCCGAGCCAGUCAAACCGAUGGGAUCGCUCCAUGUCACCCAGACGCUUAUCAGUCUCGAGGCGUAUAUGCCGGAGGCUCUUCCCCCCGGGAUAUGCCCCCCUCGAACGACGUACUACGUCGCCAAGAACGGCGUGAAUAAUCAGUCAGAUGUGCAGCUUCCAGAUAUUUCGGAUAGAGAUAGGAGGGUCAUGACUUGGUUGUUGGAAGAUAGGACCGGCAUGGGUGGAUUGGGUGAUGGAUGGGAGAUGUUGGUAGGUGGAGAGCUGUUGAAGGUAUAUCCGGUUGAAGGGAAUCAUUUUAGUAUCAUGAAGGAGCCUGAUGUAAGUCCUCUAUCUAUCACCAUCUAUACUGUGGCCUUGGUGGCGCUGACUGACGCAUUGUUGCAGAUUCUUGGGUGGGUAGACGAAUUGAGAACGGCGUAUUGGAUGUGA